AUGCGGGAGAUAUGUGUUGCAAACAACGAGAAACUUCAAGUAUUAUGUUCCGGCGACGUAAAUAUUGUGACGAAAACUGAUCAAUGUGAAUAUGAGAUACCAGUGAAAGAUGUUAUGUGUGCUCCAGGAUUGACAGGAAAUUUAUUGUCAGUAAGCCAAUUGAUCGAGUAUAGAGUUCAAUUUACGUCAGAAGGCUGUAACGUGUUCAACAGAAAUAAUGAAAUGGUGGCUAUGGCUGUGCUCAGUAACGGAGUGUACAAGGUGAGACUUGCUGACAGUGAAGUGACAAGUUUAGCAGUGUCAGGAGAUGUCUGGCACAGAAGACUAGGCCAUGUCAAUAGCACUUAUUUAAAUAAAAUGUCAAUUGCUGUGGAAGGAAUGGAUCUCCAAGAAAAAGUUGACAUAAAUAAGUCAUCUUGUCCUGUAUGCUGUGAGGGCAAACAGUGUCGUCUGCCAUUCCCAAGUGGUUCUAGAUGCAAUGAGUUGCUAGGUUUGGUACACACUGACAUUUGUGGACCAAUGGAGCAUGAAUCGUUGGGAGGCUCGAGGUAUUAUAUCUUGUUCAUUGACGACUUCAGCCGAAUGAUAGCAGUGUACUUCUUAAAGCAUAAAAGUGAAGCGCUCAGAUGUUUUGCAGAAUAUAAAGCCAAAGUGGAGAAGCAAACGAAAAAAAUCUUGAGAAGCGAUAAUGGGUGUGAGUACUGCAAUAAAGAAUUUGACUCACUUCUCAAGAAUGAAGGUAUUAUACACCAAAGAAGUAAUCCGUACACACCCGAGCAGAAUGGUGUAUCGGAACGGAAUAAUCGUACUGUGGUGGAAAAAGCAGAUAGAUAG